AUCCAUCACCCCUGUAUUACCAAAUGUCUGCUGCUGCUUUUCAUUCAACGCCAAAGUAAACACCAAGCUUCCUCUCUCACCACUUUAUUCUUCUAUUUCCUUCCCAUGUCUCUCUCUCUCUCAAACUAUUAUAUUAGUGACAAUUUAGGGUUUUCGAAGUGACAAGAAGAAGAAGAUGAGGUCUUCUGGACGCCAGUUGAAGGCGAUGCUCCGCAAGAACUGGCUUCUCAAAAUUCGCCAUCCUUUUGUUACUUUUGCUGAGAUUAUACUUCCAACGGUUAUAAUGCUGAUGUUAAUAGCUGUACGGACUCAAGUGGAUACACAGAUCCACCCGGCUCAGUCGUAUAUUAAGAAGGAAUUGUUUAUUGAAGUUGGUAAACAUGACGCAUCCCCUAGUUUUGAUCAAGUUUUAGAACUUUUGCUGGCCAAGGGCGAGUUUUUGGCUUUUACACCUAAUACAACAGAGACAAGAAUGAUGAUCAAUAUAUUAUCGUUUAAAUUUCCCCUACUAAAGCGUGUAUCUAAGAUUUACAAUGACGAAUUGGAACUUGAGACCUAUAUAAGAUCAGAUCUUUAUGGUGCUUUCGAUGAAGUCAAGAGUUGCUGGAAUCCAAAAAUCAAAGGAGCUAUUGUGUUUCAUGAUCAAGGUCCUCAGUCAUUCGAUUACAGUAUACGUCUAAACCACUCAUGGGCAUUUUCAGGAUUUCCUGAUGUUAAAAGCAUCAUGGACACCAAUGGUCCUUAUCUUAAUGACCUUGAGUUAGGUGUCAAUACACUACCAAUUAUGCAGUAUAGCUUCAGUGGCUUCUUAACUCUCCAACAACUUAUGGAUUCUUUCAUCAUUUAUGCUGCUCAACAAUCACUUACAGACUCAGUCAGCGAAAAUGAAGAGCUACCUUCACUGCCACCAGUCAUAAAUUCUUCCAUAAAGAUGCCUUGGACUCAAUUCAGUCCUUCAAAUAUAAGGCUUGCUCCAUUUCCUACUCGUGAAUAUACGGAUGACGAAUUCCAGUCCAUAAUCAAGACAGUCAUGGGGGUCCUGUACCUAUUGGGUUUUCUUUAUCCAAUUUCUCGCUUGAUUAGUUACUCUGUUUUUGAGAAGGAACAAAAGAUAAAAGAAGGUCUUUACAUGAUGGGUCUGAAAGACGAGAUAUUCCAUCUUUCAUGGUUUAUUACAUAUUCUUUCCAGUUUGCAAUUUCUGCUGGAAUCAUUACUCUGUGCACAAUGGGCACCCUUUUCAAGUACAGUGAUAAGUCACUGGUCUUUAUGUACUUCUUCUUGUUCGGACUCAGUGCAAUAAUGCUGUCAUUUCUUAUCUCUACAUUCUUCACCCGAGCAAAAACAGCAGUGGCAGUUGGAACUUUGACAUUUCUUGGGGCCUUUUUCCCUUAUUAUACUGUGAAUGAUCAGACUGUUUCAAUGAUUAUCAAGGUCCUGGCUUCUUUGCUUUCACCCACUGCUUUUGCAUUAGGGUCAAUCAACUUUGCUGACUAUGAGCGUGCUCAUGUUGGACUGAGAUGGAGUAACAUGUGGCGGGCAUCAUCUGGAGUGUCCUUUUUGGUCUGCCUCUUGAUGAUGUUGUUCGAUUCAUUUUUGUACUGUGCAAUUGGUCUUUACCUGGAUAAGGUACUAUUCAAAGAAAAUAGACCGACCUACUCUUGGAACUUUAUUUAUCGCUGGAAUUUUUGGAGAAAGAAGAUCUCCGUUAAGCACCAUGAUUCUAUCAGCAAAGGUGAAACCAGUGAUAAGCUUACCAAAGAACACAGUUCUCCUGGACCUGCUGUGGAAGCCAUAAGCUUGGAAAUGAGGCAGCAAGAGCUAGAUUGCAGAUGUAUCCAAAUUAGAAAUCUGCACAAAGUUUACUCUUCAAAUAAGGGGGAGUGUCAUGCAGUCAAUUCAUUGCAUCUCACCUUAUAUGAAAAUCAGAUCCUUGCUCUUCUAGGGCAUAAUGGUGCUGGUAAAAGCACGACAAUAUCCAUGAUCGUUGGCCUCCUCUCUCCUACAUCUGGUGAUGCUGUGGUAUUAGGGAAGAAUAUCCUCACUGAUAUGGAUGAGAUAAGGAAAAAUUUGGGGGUGUGCCCUCAAUAUGACAUUCUUUUUCCAGAAUUAACUGUGAAGGAGCAUCUGGAGUUAUUUGCCAAUAUUAAGGGUGUGAAAGCAGACUUGUUGGAUAAUGUUGUUUGUGAAAUGGUUGAUGAAGUGGGAUUGGCUGACAAACUUAAUAUUGUUGUGAGAGCUCUUUCUGGAGGUAUGAAAAGAAAGUUGUCACUUGCAAUUGCAUUAAUAGGAGAUAGUAAGAUUAUUGUUCUUGAUGAACCUACUAGCGGAAUGGAUCCUUAUUCGAUGAGGAUGACAUGGCAAUUAAUCAAACGAAUAAAGAAAGGAAGAAUAAUAUUACUGACUACGCACUCCAUGGAUGAAGCUGAUGUACUAGGUGAUCGAAUAGCCAUAAUGGCAAAUGGUUCUUUGAGAUGCUGUGGAAGUUCCCUUUUUCUGAAACAUCAGUAUGGGGUUGGUUAUACUCUUACCAUGGUGAAGACUGCACCUGAUGCAUCUGUAGCUGCUAAUAUUGUUUACCGCCAUAUACCGUCAGCUACAUGCGUGAGCGAAGUCGGAACUGAGAUUUCCUUCAAACUUCCUCUUUCAUCAUCGCAUCACUUUGAAAGCAUGUUUAGGGAAAUUGAACAGUGCACCAGAAGAUCAGUAGCUAAUUUACAAACAGACUGUGAAGACAAACACUUGUCCGGCAUUGAGAGUUAUGGAAUAUCUGUAACAACUCUGGAAGAGGUUUUCUUGAAGGUUGCAGGAUGUGACUUUGAUGAAGCAGAGUGCCUGGGGGAGCAAAGGGAGACAGCUUUACCAGAUUAUGCUGUUUCUCAAGCCUGCGAUGAUUAUGCUCCUAAGAAAAAAAAUUACUCCAAAAUAUGUGGAAAUUAUAUGAAAAUAGUAGGGUUUAUAUACAUUAUAUCACACAGAGCUUGUAGUCUCUUCGUGGCUGCCAUUCUAAGUUUUGUGAGAUUCUUGAGCAUGCAGUGCUGCUGCUCUUGUAUGCUAACAAGGUCAACGUUCUGGAAGCACUCUAAAGCUUUGCUUAUAAAGAGGGCUCUAUCAGCUCGCAGGGACCGGAAGACAAUUGUUUUCCAACUGUUAAUUCCUGCUAUUUUCUUGUUUUUCGGUCUUCUAUUUCUCAAGCUAAAGCCACAUCCUGAUCAACAGUCUGUUACAUUGACAACUUCACAUUUUAAUCCUUUGUUGAGCGGUGGUGGAGGUGGUGGUCCUAUUCCUUAUGAUUUAUCCAGGCCUAUCUCCCAAGAGGUUGCACGAUAUGUACAAGGCGGAUGGAUUCAGAAAUUUGAGAAGACGACGUAUAGAUUCCCCGACUCAGAAAAGGUUCUAGCUGACGCAGUUGAGGCAGCAGGAACAACACUAGGACCUGUCCUCCUAAGUAUGAGUGAAUAUUUGAUGUCUAGCUUAAAUCUGACCUAUCAGUCAAGAUAUGGAGCAAUUGUAAUGGAUGAUCUGAAUAAUGAUGGAAGUCUUGGAUACACAGUUCUACACAACAGUACUUGUCAGCACGCUGCGCCAACCUAUAUCAGUUUAAUGAAUUCAGCAAUCCUAAGGCUUGCCACUUCUAAAGAAAACAUGACAAUUCAAACACGCAAUCAUCCACUACCCAUGACGAAAAGCCAGCGUGUCCAGCGUCAUGAUUUGGAUGCUUUCUCAGCUGCUGUUAUUGUUAAUAUUGCUUUUUCCUUCCUUCCUGCCUCAUUUGCUGUUGCUAUUGUAAAGGAACGAGAAGUAAAAGCUAAGCAUCAACAACUAAUUAGUGGAGUUUCAAUAAUAUCAUAUUGGGCAUCCACUUAUGCAUGGGACUUCAUCAGCUUCUUAUUUCCUUCAUCUUUUGCGGUGCUUCUCUUUUACAUAUUUGGCUUGGAACAAUUUAUUGGGAGAUAUUCGUUCCUACCCACUGUCACCAUGCUUUUGGAAUAUGGACUUGCAAUUUCGUCAUCAACAUAUUGUCUGACUUUUUUCUUUUCUGAACAUAGCAUGGCACAGAACGUGGUUCUCUUGGUCCACUUCUUCUCUGGGAUUAUUCUGAUGGUGAUAUCAUUCAUAAUGGGGGUUAUACCGACCACUGCAAAUGCUAACUCUUUUCUUAAGAAUUUCUUCAGAAUAUCUCCAGGAUUUUGCUUUGCUGACGGACUGGCUUCCCUAGCUCUUUUGCGCCAAGAUGUGAAAAAUGAAAAUGGUUCUGGUGUUUUUGACUGGAAUGUUACGGGGGGCUCUAUAUGUUAUCUUGCUGUAGAGGGAAUUGUUUAUUUCCUUUUGACUCUUGGGUUUGAACUGUUACCACCUCAAAAAGUAAGUUCAAUUUUUGCCAACGAGUGCUGUGAAAGUAUAAAGAGAUUAUGUCGUCCGACUGCCCAAAGUCAUUCAGAGCCUCUUCUACGCUCGUCCUCCGAAUCCGAAAAUGUUAAUCUUGACUUUGACCUUCGUGAAGAUAUAGAUGUUCAAUCAGAAAGAAAUAGGGUCCUAUCAGGAUCAGUUGAUAAAGCGAUUUUGUACCUGCGUAAUCUACGGAAGGUGUAUCCUGGAGGCAGGCAUCGUGGAGCAAAAGUUGCAGUCCAUUCAUUGACUUUUGCUGUUCAAGAAGGAGAAUGUUUUGGCUUCCUAGGAACUAAUGGGGCAGGGAAGACUACAACCCUGUCGAUGUUAUCUGGUGAGGAAUCUCCAACUGGUGGAACCGCAUAUAUAUUUGGCAGUGACAUGCGAAUGAACCCCAAAGCAGCUCGUCAGCAUAUUGGAUAUUGCCCUCAGUUUGAUGCUUUGCUCGAAUUUUUGACUGUCCAAGAACAUCUUCAGCUGUACGCAAGAAUAAAAGGGGUCCCAGAUUACAAUCUCGCAGAUGUUGUUAUGGACAAAUUACUGGAGUUUGACUUGUUAAAACAUUCUAAUAAACCAUCUUUUACCCUUAGUGGGGGUAACAAAAGGAAACUAUCUGUUGCGAUUGCUAUGAUUGGAGAUCCUCCUGUAGUAAUACUUGAUGAGCCAUCUACAGGUAUGGAUCCCAUUGCCAAACGGUUCAUGUGGGAGGUUAUAUCUCGAUUAUCAACCAGACAAGGAAAAACAGCUGUUAUCCUAACUACUCACAGCAUGAAUGAAGCUCAAGCGCUCUGCACCAGGAUAGGAAUAAUGGUUGGAGGUCAGCUAAGAUGCAUUGGAAGUCCUCAACAUUUAAAGACGCGUUUCGGAAACCAUCUUGAGUUGGAGGUCAAGCCUACUGAAGUUAUCUCUACAGAAUUGGAGUAUAUGUGUCAGAUAAUCCAAGAAAGGCUCUUUGACCUUCCAUCUCAGAGAAGGGGCAUAUUAGGUGAACUUGAGAUCUGCAUUGGGGGUACUGACUCUGUACCAUCAGAAAAUGCAUCAGUUGCUGAGAUUAGAUUAUCAGCAGCAAUGAUGGUGACAAUUGGACGCUGGCUUGGUAAUGAAGAUAGGAUACAAACACUUCUAUCUCCAAGUCGUGGUUCUGAUGAAAUUUCUGAUGAGCAAUUAUCUGAGCAGUUAGCUCGUGAUGGUGGUAUCCCAUUGCCAAUAUUUUCUGAAUGGUGGUUAACCAAAGAAAAGUUCUCAAUAAUAAAUUCCUUCAUUCUGUCUUCCUUUUCUGGUUCAAGUUAUCAAGGUUGCAACGGUUUAAGUAUUAAAUAUCAGUUGCCGCACGGAGAAGAUCAUUCUAUCGCUGAUAUUUUUGGACAUAUAGAACGAAACAGGAAUCAGUUGAGCAUUGCAGACUACAGUAUUAGUCAGUCAACACUUGAAACAAUAUUUAAUCAUUUUGCGGCAAAUUCAAACUAACUUAACUUGAUCCUCAUUUUACGUCAGGAGGAGUGAACUUUGAAGUGUAUAUAUAUACUUUGUAUUGAAUUCUGGACUCUGUCCUUUUGUAUAUAAAAGACAAAAGUUUCCUCUUAGAAA